AUGUCUCCUUCAAGCACCAAGGUUGCCUCUGGCGGCUCCUUUCACACUUUCCAGGGAAUUAUUCCCAAAAAGCAGCCAGCUGCUUCCAGCAAUGCAAGGCCCAGGGUUGCGGGCACACGGCGCAUAACAACUCCCCAUGCUUGUACCGAGUGUAAACGAAGAAAGAUCCGCUGUGAUGGCAAGCUACCAUGUGGCCAAUGCAUCACCAGUCGAGCCCCAAAGAAUUGCUCUUACGAUAAACACCGUCAAAGAAUGAUCCCAUCCAGAAAAGCUCUGGAUAGCCUUGCACAAUCUCUCGAAGAGUGCCGUUCGGUACUUCGGCGGCUUUACCCAAAUCAUGACGUUUCUGCACUUCGCUCCCUGGACAAGCAGGAGCUGAUCAACCUCUUGGCUCAAUCGCAAUGUUCCUUGAGCGACCCUCUUCCAUCGCCACCCCUCGAAUCGUCAUUCCCCAAGAGCGGCACACCUAUGAUGGGAUCCGACUCCCUACUGGAACUGCAGACAUCCCUAGAAGCUGAUCUCGACUCACUCAUUGGUGAGCUCGAGUUUGAGGUCCCGGGAGAGCAACGAGAAGCCAGUGAGGAAGCAAAUUACCUCGCGCAACAAUCCUGGUGGGACUUUGGCUCGAGACAAUGGAGCUCCGUAUCAUCUGUGCCUCCAAUGAUGGAUGGUCCAUCGUACGGGCAUGAUAUGAUGACUCCAGGGCAACACUCGAUGUAUGAGGAUUCACGUGGCAUGUACGGUUCACUGGAGAUGAGGUGA